UUGAGGAAGAUUUGUUUACAUUGUGCCGCUUUUCUGUGAAGCAGCUGCUUUAGUUCUGAUCCAGAUAGCCUGUCGAGCACCAGAUAAUCCGGGCUCGUCGCUUGAUGUGCUUCAUCGAGUUGAUCCAACAUGGCGCGUAAUUCAGCAUGCCAGACUCCUUUAGACCCAGUGAGAAGGUUGCCAGUGAAGACAGGAAUCACUGUGCUGGUUACUGUUGUGUUUUUUAAAUGUUUAUUCUCGUGUCCGUGCGCGAGUCCGGAGGAAACCGCUGUGCACUGCUGGCUGUACCUGCUGCUUCCUGUAGGCAUCACCUUCUUCCUCGUCAUCCUGGUGGACACCCAGCUGCUGAAGCUGUGCCAGUGUUAUGUGUGCAGAUGUUGCGCGCGAGCAGAGAGCAGAUGUUGCGCGGCAGGCUGCUGUGACAGUGUGGAGUGCUGCUGCUGUGCUGCUGGUUACUGUUACAGACCGACACACUGCUGCGGGGAAGAGGUGCGUUACUGCUGCGCUCUUCUCGGGACCUACCUGCGGAGGGUUUUCUGCGCCUCGGCGCUGUGGAUCGUGGUCGCGCUGAUAGACGGAGACUGGUACGUCUGCAUCCGCACUGUGACUGCCGGCGGCACCGGACAGCAACAGAUCGCCUGCAAGGACCUCCCAACACCGGAGGAAGCAGAAACUCUGAGGAAAUACAAUAGUGAGUCGCGGAUUAUCGCUUUGAUCAUCAUCCUGGGUCUUUCCUUCCUGCUGGUGGUAAGUACCGCGAUCACGAGCAGGUGGAAGCCGUACUACAAGUCGGUGUUUGAGGCGUAUGUGGAGCAAGAGACAGCAGCCAAGCUGGAAGAGAAGCUGCACGAGCGGGCCGUGGAAAGAGCAAAGCUGCUCAGCGAGAGUGCGUUACGCUGCGUUCACAGUCAGCACGAGAACAGCGGACAGGGAGAGGGACACAUUCAGUACCAACCGCUAACAGAGACGGACGAGAACAUGUGGAGGAGAAUAUCCCACCCAGCAUUCCAUCUGCUAGGAGUGAGGAUCCAUUCCUGAGGUGUUCAGACAUCCAGGGCAUCGAGAGCGUCCUAUAUGAAUAUAUGAAGACCCAUCAAUGUGCGGGAGUCAAACGGCCCACGCUGACUCUUACGCCGUUAGCAGUGAUAAAAACAGACAAGCUAUACCACUCCAGUGAACCUGUAACUGACAAGCACGGCCUAUGACAUGAAGCUAAAGCCUUGCUCUCUUUUUAAAACGCUAUUUAAGAACUAUGUAAACAAAAGAUCCGGUAUUAGGAAAAAAACUCUUUCAGUUUCAUUUUCAAGAAACGCGCUCACAAACUCUAGACGGUGACACAGUCGGGUUUGAGGAACCGUUUUCGGAUAAACAGGUUCCGAGUUUGAAAGUAGUACAAUGGGAGGAAACGUGGAAACGUGUCAUGGCUUGUUGCCUCGCUGUUUUAACAUGAUCGUCUACAGACGGUUAGAGCGGCAGAAGAUUGAAGGGUAAGAUUAAAGAGUUAUAAUAUCUGUUAUGUUAUGUUUUUACCAGAUUCCGUUCUGACCCACAUCCUCAUUUACGGCAUUAUCCAGAGCGACUUAGAUUCAUCUCGUUCAUACGACUGAGCAGUUGAUGAUUAAGGGCCUUGCUCAAGGGCCCAACAGUGGCAACUUGGACCUUCUGGUCAGAAAUCCGAUGUCAUAUCCACUGAGCUACCGCUGCCACGAGUGACUGUUUUGAGCGAGCAUGUCUUGAUGAAGCGAGACGACAAACAGUGCAUGUUUUUAUAGCAGUUUACAAUGGACAAAAAUCUGCAGCUCGUCAGAGUUACAUUGGUUUAGGAUUAGGAUUAGCGUCAGGAUUAGGAUUAGCGUCAGGAUUAGGAUUAGCGUCAGGAUUAGGGUUAAUGCUUGUGCAUUGUUCUGUAUAUCAUCACAUGGCUGUGUAAUAUUUAGAUUCCAGAAACAAUAGGACUCCUGAAUAUGGAGAGUAAGUACUGCAUAUGUUUAGGGUUAAAGGAAAAAAAAAUGUUACGUGUUCAUUAUUGUACUGUUUGAUGUAUCGGAAGCUUAUUAUUAUUAUUUAUUUUGUGUGUGAAAAUUGUCUUCUUCAGCUGUACCGAAUCCCUUCAAUAACCAUGUGGGUUUUAUCGGCAGCCCGAGCCAAACCUUUGACCUCAUAACCUGAUGAUCACUGACCCACGGGAUUUCUGUGCUGUCUCCAAAGAGGUCACGUCUUUAUCUUUGUUACGUAACAGUAUCGAAAGCGGUUACACUCCGGGAUACUUGUUUGUUAGACAGUAAUGCUUUUUUUUUUGGAAAUUUUUACGCAUAGAUCUGCAUAACAGUUAUGUGUAAUUAUGUUUUAAUGGAACUAUAUCAGUUUGCAAUAAUGACAUAAAUAUUAAACAACCCAACAGACUGCU